AUGAAUCUAGUAAACAUAGCGAAACAUCUUCUCUAUUUAACACAAUCGGAAUUUGGUUUUGAAUAUUCAACACCAAAUGAUGAUGAAAUUUUUGCAUCACAACAACUAUUCAAAAUUUUAAAAUCAUUUAAAGAUAGUUACUUUAAUGAAUUAUAUACUUAUGAAAGUCUCGAUUUCAACGAUGAAUAUGAUAAAACGACAGAUGAAGAGGAUACCACCGAUGAAGAAGAAUCAUCUGAUGAAGAAGAGAAUAUUACCGAUUAUGAUGACAAUCGUACUCGAACAUUCGGAAUCAUUUUACGUUAG